CCCUGUCCCCCGCCCCGCUCCUGCCUCGGGCUCCUCUCACCCUCAGUCUCUCCCUGCAGGCGCUACUUCGUAGAUCUGACCAGCAUGAAGGAGCACUUCAGGUCCAAGGUGCACAAGAAAAGGUUGAAACAGCUGAGCGAGGAGCCGUACACGCAGGAGGAGGCAGAGAGAGCGGCUGGGGGGGGGUCCUACAUCCCCCCAAAAAAGGUAGAAGUACAUACCCAACCGAUCGAUGAAGAAAUCGAGAUGGAGGCGUCCAGCUGAGUGCAGCGGAAUAGAGGGCCAGGGCUGCCCUUAUUACAGUGCUGCAAAAAAGGUGUUUUGUUACUGAGCCCUGUGAGGAAAACGAGCUCUCUUCCAGCCUCCCAGCAACGAAGCAACAGUUUUCCUGGCAGCUUUCCUUGCUGAAGAGCUAAUGAGGAGAAGGCAGCCAGAGAGACCUUGGAUGCCCUCGUUGGGGAGGGCGCUUGUGCACUAUGUGCCUGACAGCAGACUGUGUUCCCCUUCCUGGGGAAGGGACAAGCAGCAGCUUGGUAUAAAUGUUAUAUGGCUGUGCACUCAUCUCUCUGGUUUUAGAGCAAUUUUAGAUACUUCUCCUUGGGUUAGAGGUUGACACCUCUAAGUCACCCAUUAAAGUAUGUUAAUCA